CUCCUUUAUUGUAUUUGGUCAAGAAGGAACAAUAAAACACGUGUUACAAGAAAAAAAGGAGAGUUUUAAAAAUCAAAAAAAAAAAUAGAAGAGAGGGUGGGCCCUUUUUUUUUGUUUCCCCACAACUUUUUUCCCAAAUAAAAACUUAGAAAUGGCUGGCACACAAUCGAUAGUGCAAAAGAUAACAUAUGAUUUAGCACUAUGGUUAUUUAAUUUAAUGUUAGAUAUCUUCUUUCGAGAAGUUCGACCUAGAGGAGCACAUAGAAUCCCUAAAGAAGGACCUGUUAUAUUCGUAGUUGCUCCACACGUCAAUCAAUUUGUUGAUCCCAUUGUACUUAUGCGGGAAUGUGGUCGUCGAGUGUCGUUUCUCAUUGCUGAAAAGUCCAUGCAUCAAAAGGGUAUUGGUUUCUUUGCCAAAAUGGUCAAUGCUAUCCCGGUGAUUCGCCCACAAGAUUUAGCCAAGCCAGGACAAGGCCGUAUUCAGUUACUGAACCGAAAGACAGAUCCAUUGCGUAUUAUUGGUAUCGACACCCAGUUUACCAGUCAAUUGAAAGCACGCGAUUCAAUCCUGUUGCCCAAAGGAUGUGGCGUUUCCGAAGUGUUUCAAGUGGUAUCGGAUACAGAGAUCAUUAUCAAGAAAGAAUUCAAAGAAUUGCGUGCGUUGGAAAUCUUGACAUCCAACGAUGGAUCGGCCUAUAAAAUCAUGCCUCAUGUAGAACAAGAGUCUGUGUACAAGUGUGUGCAUGAUGAAUUAAAUAAUGGGAGAUGUAUCACCAUCUUUCCCGAGGGUGGUAGUCAUGACAGAGCUGAAAUGUUGCCAUUAAAAGCUGGUGUCACCUUGAUGGCUUUGGGCGCCAUGGCCAAAUAUGAAGGAUUAGAUGUCAAGAUUGUUCCUUGCGGCUUGAAUUACUUUCAUGCUCAUCGAUUUAGGUCUCGUGCCGUCAUCGAGUUUGGUAAUCCCAUUACCAUAUCUGCUGAACUCGUUCAAAAAUUCAAAUCGGGAGGAAACGAAAAGAGAGAAGCUUGUUCUAGUUUAUUAGAUAGUAUCUACAAUGCCUUGAAAACAGUGACUAUUAACGCUGGAAGUUAUGAAACAUUAAUGCUUAUCCAAGCGGCUAGAAGACUUUACAAACCAGCACACAGAAAACUGCAUCUUUCGCAAGUGGUUGAUUUAAAUAGACGCUUUUUGAUUGGAUACAAUUUGUUCAAGGAUGAUCCCAAAGUAAUUGAUUUGCAGCAACGUGUGAUGGCCUAUAACCAAGUGCUGAAAUACAAUGGCAUCAAGGACCAUCAGGUGUCGAAAACAAACAAUGACGGACGCAGAAUCCUGUGGCUACUGAUUAAACGAGUGAUUAUUCUGACGAUAUUAGCGCUUUGGGCCUUUCCUGGCGGUAUCUUGAAUUUACCCGUUGUGAUUGUAGCCAAAGUGAUUAGCCAAAAUAAGGCGCGAGCGGCACUCAAGAGUUCCUCGGUCAAGAUUGCUGGAAGAGAUGUAUUGGCGACCUGGAAGUUACUAGUGGGUUUGGUCUUGUUACCUACCUUAUAUGCGCUGUAUAGUUUGAUCAUGUUUGUUAUUGUGUUACAGACCGAUUUGGAGUUCAAGUGGAAAUGGAUCUUACCUUUAGCUACUUGGAGUCUUUUACCCUUUGUUUCAUAUGCUAGUUUAAGGUUUGGUGAGAUUGGCCAUGAUAUUUUCAAGUCCAUUCAGCCUACAGUCAUGGCCUUGUUAGAUCCUCGUGGAGCAGAGACGCUUCGCCAAAACAGAGAAAAGCUCUCUAGCAGUAUUACCGAGUUAAUUAAUGAAUACGGGCCCAAAGUAUUUACCGAUUUUGAUGCAAACUAUAUCUCGACAACAACACAACCUUGCAACAUGUAUAGCCCACUUCCAAGUCGUGUAGCGAGUACGAAUAGUAUUUCAUGGACUUCAGGACCUAGUAAAAUCCCACGUAUUGCCAGUGGAUUCUUCAACCAAGUGACACGCAUGAACUGGUUAGACGAUAAGAAUAUUUUCAAUUGGGGCCGUAGUGAAGAUUCGGAUAUGGCAGAUGAUGUAUUCUUCUUUUUGGACAAAUUCUAUAAUAAUAUCAGUGGUCGUAGUCGAAGUGGAUCUGUCAGUGAGUCGGAUUCGAAACCCUCCAGUCGGAAUCGAAGUCGAACUAAUAGUUUCACGAGCCUUGAAGGUUAUAAAGUUGAAGGCAUGACCAGUUUACCUAGUGUAGAAGGGGAAGAGACGAAACCGCUCCUGGUGGCAAGAAAUGUGACAUCCAGGCGUAUGUUUCGUAUUGACGAUGUAGAGGAGGAGGAAGAUGACGAAGAAGAGUUGGGUCAGUUAGCUGUUGCUGAAGGACUCGUUCAUCAAAGUAAAAAACAUGUCUAAAAAUUUGGGACUGUUUAAAAAUUAUUGUUUACCCCACACACACACACACACAUACACACACACAACCCCCAUACACAAAAAUGUAAUACAUACCU